AUGGCGACACCCUGCCAGCUACAGGCUGCAGCUAGCUCGCGUUCGAACGAUACCGCUGUUGAAACAACAUGUCGCAACCAGCUGCGCCAACUCACACCCUGCCAGCUCCGACAGCAAAUGGCAUGCUCAGACACUGAAGCCCUGCCAAAAUGGCUCAUUCCAGCAGACCGAAGAGGCUGGCGCCGCAUCGUGCAGAACUUCACUCCAUCAUGGUUUGCAGUAACAAUGGGCACCGGUAUAGUCGGCAUCCUUCUCCACGCCCUAUCCACACUUUACCCUUUGGUCCAAACACCUCUCAACAUCCUCAGCACAAUCUUCUUCGUCCUCAACAUCGUGCUUUUCUCUGUCAUCCUCGCCAUCAGCGUACUGCGCUACACGCUCUACCCAGCAACCUGGACGCUCAUGCUGCAACACCCCGUGCAAUCUCUGUUCCUCGGCACGCUUCCCAUGGGCUUCGCGACGCUCAUCAAUCUCUUCGUCGCGCUGUGCGUCCCUGCAUGGGGCGGCUGUACGCCGUACGUAGCAUGGGGGCUAUGGUGGAUCGAUGUCGUCGUAUCGAUCGCAUGCUGUCUCUGGCUACCCUUCCAGAUGAUGACGACGCACCAGACCCGCCACGAGGCAAUGACAGCAGCCUGGCUCCUGCCCAUCGUCGCGCCCAUCGUCGCAGCCGCAUCUGGUGGCCUUGUCGCUUCAGUGCUGCCAGACCCGCACCAUGCCAUCAUCACAAUCGUCACCAGCUAUGUCCUCUGCGGCAUCGGCGUCCCGCUCGCCAUGGUCGUUCUGACAAUGUACUUCCACCGCCUCGCCAUCCACAAGCUGCCGCCGCAGGAAGUCAUCGUCAGUGUUUUCCUCCCGCUUGGUCCCAUGGGUCAGGGCGGGUAUGCCGUGAUGCAACUGGGCAUACAGGCCGCCAAGCGCUUUCCCGAGACGGGCAGCCUGCACCCCCUGGCCGGCGAGAUCAUGUACGUCCUCGGCUGGGCCGUCGCCAUCAUCCUGUGGGGAUUCGGGCUCGUGUGGUUGUUCUUCGCUAUCGCGUCUAUCAGCCGCAGCAGAUUCCCUUUCAAUAUGGGGUGGUGGGGCUUCACGUUCCCUGUUGGCGUGUUUACCAUGUCGACCAUUACGAUGGGAGAGGAGCUGCCGUCGGCGUUCUUCAGGAUUCUGGGUACUGCGUUUGCGGUUAGUGUUAUGCUGCUGUGGGGAGUGGUGGCUGCGGGGACAGUCAAGAACUUGUUCUUUGGAAAGCUGGUCGAGGCACCGUGUUUAAGGGAGAUGGAGAGGAGGGCCGCAGCCGCGGCUGCGGCUGCAGAAGAAAAGGCAAGGCAAGAUGUGUGA